AUGUUGUCAACCAAGAGUACGGCUGCCGCGCUACUAUCGCUGCUCAUGUUCGAUGGCGUGCAAGGACAAGCCCGAGUCAAUCAUACGCAUAAACUUAGUGGUUUCGCACCAUGUGACGCCCUUAUAACCGCCAACCUAUCCCACGCCGUGCACCUCCCGAGCUCCCCCUUCUACUCAUCCCUCGUUCUUGGCUCCUGGACCCUCGACACGCAGAGGUCCCCCUGGUGCUUCGUUGUCCCCAGCACCCCCGCCGAGGUUUCUCAAACCCUUACCGCUCUUCGAUCCGCCGGGGAUGGCGCGGGAGACUGGCAUAUAGCCAUCCGCAGCGGCGGACACGGGUCCGAUAACGCGAACAGUAUCGAGCAGGGCGUGAUCAUCGACUUGUCCCACUUGAACGCCACAACUUAUGACGCGGCGACGAACGUCGCAAGCGUUGGAACUGGAGCGCGAUGGGGUGAUGUCUAUGCUGAGCUGGAAAAGUCUGGGGUCAGUGUGACGGGCGGAAGAGAGGGUGCAGUGGGUGUUGGCGGGCUCCUGCUUGGUGGCGGGGUCUCGUGGCAUACGGCGCGAACGGGAUUCGCCUGUGACAACGUCGUCAACUAUGAGGUGGUGCUGGCGAGCGGGCUGAUCAUCAAUGCUAAUGCGACGGACCAUUCGGAUUUAUUUCGGGCGCUGAAGGGAGGCGGCAGCAACUUUGGCAUCGUCACCAGGUUUGAUCUUGCGGCAUUUCCGGCAACGAAUUUGACCAUCGAACGAAGAACCAUCGGCGUGGAGCACGCGGACGAGGUUGUUGACGCGGUUGUUGCGUUCACAGAUCUGGACCAGUCGUUUAAGGAUAACGCAAUGCUUGCAAUCAUGACCUACGAUCCAAGGGCUGAGGGCAUCACCAUAACGGUGACUGAGGUCAACACUAUGAACAAUGCCAACAGCACGGCAUUUGACGCCUUUAGUCAAUUCCCCACACUGGCUCCAGCUACGAAGGAUUCAUUGACUCUUUCUCAAUCUGCCAAUAGUUCUCAGCUGCCCGGGAACACACGGAACGUUGGAGCUGGACCCCUGACGAUCGCCAACGACCCAAGAGUUAUGCGCUACUGCAUUGAACAGCAUACCAGCCUUGUCGAAGACCUGAAAACCACCCUCGGGCUGCAAAAUUUCAGCAUAAUACUUGAUUUCCAGCCGCUCCCUUCAUACUUCGCAGAUAUCGGCGUACGGAAGGGAGGAAAUAUGCUUGGGCUAGAACGAAACCUGCGGAACAAGGUCCUUGUUGUACCGGGGGUCACUUUGCAAACCUCAAACAGUGAGAGCCAGUAUCCAGGGGUCUACCAACAGGUGGCGGCUAUGGCUCAGAGAAUCCAAGCAUUCGCAAAGUCGGUCGGAAGCAGCGAGGACUUCACAUAUCUAAACUAUGCGGACACAACCCAGGAUCCACUCGGGAGUUACGGCGCGGCCAACGUGAAGCAUAUCAGAAAAGUUGCGAACAAGUACGACCCUUACAGCUUUUUCCAGCGCAGGGUACCAGGCGGCUUCAAGAUCGACAGAGUCGUUUGA